UGAAGAAGCUUGUGUGUUAUCGGUGCCGACAGGCUAAUUUACGGAUUUUCUCCUCCAUUUCAGCUGUGAUUCUCUCGUAAAUUAUACAAAAACCAAACGUUGUUUUCUUUCUAAGGGGUCUGAUUGAAUGUUUAACCAAUUCAUUCAACGAGGGAUCUCCAUUCAGAAUGGUAUCACUGGCAACUCUGGGCUGAGAGUGAAUCCGUCGCAAUGGCACAAUGACAGAGCCAACAGUAAAUUAUUAUUAUUAUAAUUAUUAUUAACAAUUAAAUAACAACGAAACUCUCUUUUCUUUCGAACUGUUGGUGGAAUAUAUCAGAAUAGACAAAACCAGAAAAUGUCUAAAUGAUUCAGAUGAAUUAGCCCUCGGUGUGAGACUACUGGACUUCCCAACUCUGCUCAUCUAUCAACCAGAAACGUCUGGUCCACUGCUAGAUCAACGGCACCAUGAGGACGAGGACAUCGAGAAGGAAAACCAGCUCUAUCAAGCCCACGACACGUUUAAAUACCCUUUCAACAAAGGCAAGUGGUGUUUGUUCAAAAACCCACCUGGACUCCCUCCACACCCACCUAACCCAUCUAACACUCCUCUGCAUGCCGUGGUCCUGGAUAUGAGGGGAGAGGUUCCCACGUCGAUAGGCAGCUCGCUGGUGUCUCUGGUCAGGUUGAUAGACUGUAUCAGGUGUGAUGUGGAGGUGCAUGGUAUCUCCUCUCCCUCUUCCCAAGGAGAGAAAGGACUUGUUGAUUUAUUUAAUCUCAUGGGAGAGAAAAUAGGUGUUCUCUCUUUGGGAUAUAAUCUGUUCAGUCUGGGAACUAGUUCAUUACCACAUAUACCUGAUAACAGGGUAUUGCCAGUUGGUAUUACACACGGGACGGAAUCUAUGAAACCAAUAGAACAUUUUUAGGUCGAUCGUGGGAAAGGAACGAUGCAACCACUUGACUUGGACAUUGACAACAGGCCUUCCAAGGUCCUUUAUCAGAAUAUUCAUGUAAAUGACAAGCCCAGUGAGAUAGUGGUGUCGGAAGCACGGCCAGUUUCAACUGGCACUCAAACAGAACAUUCUAGAAGCAAGCAGCAUCACCGAACACUCAGAGUGGCUGCUAUCGAUGAGGAGCAUGAUGAGGGAAGCCUCUGUGUUCAGCCCCCACCUCUUUACUACAGCAGUUCUGUAGAACAACAACAGGAAAAUGAACCGGGCCACUACAGGGUGUUAGACAUGGAGUCUCUCAGGGUAGAGGAUCUGGACUUGGGGAAUGAGGAGACACCUGAUGAGACACAGGUUCCUGCUACAGACCACAGGUGUAGACAGAGACAGGAUGUGGUUAUGGAGUCUAGAGGCAGGGAAGAGAGGGGACAGCACCAACCCCAGCAGACGGCAUCUAUCUUAGGGGAGGCUCUGAGACCGUUCCCUCUAUUGAACACCUUGCUAGUUGAGCUCGCCCAGCUGAGUGGACAGAGUCAGACCCAGCUACAGCAGCUCUUUUCAGUCCACCCCAACCUAGCAUGGAUCUACAGGCCACUGACAGAGCCUUCUAAUGGACAGGCGGACUGGCCUCAGUCCCAGGGCCUACGAGACACCACAACAUCACCACAGAGAGGCAGGCAGUCUCCUUGCCCAGUGGCUCCCGAACUAUGGGUCGGACCUAGCCCCAGAGUGAAGAACAGGCCUCUUCAGGAACAAUGCAGCACUACCACACAAAGUUAUAUCAGAAAAACAAACUGGGAGAAUACAAUGAGUGGCAAUACAGUGUCCAAGUCCUCUCCCAAGAAGAAGUUAGGUUUUGGAAUGACAAAAACGUUCCACCUAAGAAUGAAGCAGGUUCAACCGUGUGGGAUGAAAUGCCACCUCCAUGAGUGCAGAAAGCAACAGACAGACAAACAGACACUUAAGACCAAGGGUCAUAGCAGGAAGUCCAAUAACACUAACAGGCAAACGGAUAAACCUAUAGAUGGGAGGAAGCUACUCAAUAGGAAUGAUAUUCUAAAUGAGGACAUUGCGACUUCGAUAAGUAGCCUAGACAGAGACCGUGGACGGCAGGGAAACAUCUCAACAGGAACCCAGCUGGAACUAACAAACACAUUCACAACUAGUGUCAAUGCAGAGGAUUUUUACUGUAAGAGAGAUGACUCCUCCCAAAGAUUACCAAAACAGAAACCAUCAUCCCAUUCCAAGCAGGACAGUCACAGUAAACUGUGGGUGCAUAUUCCCAGUGUUGAUCACACAGAGGAGGUGUUACGGAGUGGAGAGUAUGACCAUGCUGACUCUGACAGCGGAGGAGACGGGGAUGAGACUCCAAGAGGCUCCAAACCCAGACCACACCUUUUAGACUCUGGCCACAAGCCCCACAUGUCAGACACCAGAAGAAGCCCCAGACUCAAACACCCCCACUCAGCCUCCAGCAGUGAUAGGUUGGACAGUGUGGGGGCAGUAGAAUACCUGGAUGACUUCAGCAGUCUAGACCCUACUGAUGGUGACAGGUUCUCACCUUCAACUGACCUCAGUAGCCCUGAACCUGUUUCAGGUAGGACUAGGGGGAGGAGCCCCGAGCCUGUUGGAGGUGAGAAGACUAGGGGGAGGAGCCCUGAGCCUGUUGGAGCUGAGACGUCUCCCCAGCGCUCCCUGAUGAACACACACGUCAUCAGACCUCGUACCCAGGCCUCAGUCCUUAGCGUCUCCGCUGACAACAGUGUUGGAGACACGCCUGCAUCCAUACACUCAGUCCGCUCUAGAACUCAGCUGGCAGCAAGACCGUGUAGUGGAGGAGCCAUGAGGUCUGGUUCUGGGGCUAGAAGAACCUCAACCAACAGGCCUGGUGGCACUUGGUCUCAGGGAGCCAAUGGGUCUUUCUCUGAGAGUCUUAGAGCAUCAAGCCAACUCCGUGACAUCCAUACUGGCUACAUCCCCAAAGAACCCAAGGACAGAGCACCAGACAGAGGAUACUAUGUAGACACCCAUACUGACUCUAUCCACACUAAGAACAGUAGGUCAGACAGAGGAUACUAUGUAGACACCCACACUGACUCCAUCCACACUAAGGACAGGGGAUACUCUGUAGACACCCACACUGACUCCAUCCACACUAAGGACAGGGGAUACUCUGUAGACACCCACACUGACUCUAUCCACACUAAGGACAGGGGAUACUCUGUAGACACCCACACUUACUCCAUCCACACUAAGGACAGGGGGUACUCUGUAGACACCCACACUGACUCCAUCCACACUAAGGACAGGGGGUACUCUGUAGACACCCACACUGACUCUAUCCACACUAAGAACAGGGGAUACUCUGUAGACACCCACACUGACUCUAUCCACACUAAGGACAGGGGGUACUCUGUAGACACCCACACUGACUCUAUCCACACUAAGGACAGGGGAUACUCUGUAGACACCCACACUGACUCCAUCCACACUAAGGACAGGGGGUACUCUGUAGACACCCACACUGACUCUAUCCACACUAAGAACAGGGGAUACUCUGUAGACACCCACACUGACUCUAUCCACACUAAGGACAGGGGGUACUCUGUAGACACCCACACUGACUCUAUCCACACUAAGGACAGGGGAUACUCUGUAGACACCUGCAUCUCUACUGACUACAACUCCUCACCUGAGUCCCACAAGGCUGAAGAUAUAGAAGAGCUAACUGAGGAGAGAGGAGAGGAGCUAACAGGAAGCAGGAGAUGA